AUGGGAAGAGGGCCUGCCCCGCGAGGGAAUGGAGGUGGAGGUUCGAACAAGGGAUCGAACAAGAACAAGCAGCCUUUUGAGGACCUUACUAACAUUCCACAUGAUGACCAAAGCUCUUGUCCGAAGGAAGUUGUUGAGUGGAGAAAAAGUCAUGAAAUUACGGUUGCAGGUGGCUGCCCAGAUCCCUUCUUUACUUUCAGGGAGCUCCCUGUUCCACAAGUACUUCAGGAUCAGUUGUUGCGCGCUGGAUUCUCUGGCCCAUCCGUGAUCCAAGCACAAACAUGGCCUGCUGCGUUGAAGGGCAGAGAUGUGAUUGGAGUUGCCAAGACGGGCUCAGGAAAGACUCUUGGGUUCCUUGUCCCAGGUUUCAUGCAUAUCAUGAAUGAUGGACUGAAGAAUCCAAGGAUGGGACCCUUGAUUCUUGUCCUUGCACCGACUCGCGAGCUCGCUACCCAGAUUCAAGAAGAGUGCAUAAAGUUUGGGUCGUGUAUUCACAUUCGAUCUUGCUGUGUCUAUGGUGGUGCGCCCAAGGGACCACAACUGCGUGAGCUGAGAAGUGGAGCUCACAUCGUUAUUGCAACCCCUGGCAGAUUGAAUGAUUUUCUUGAACAAGGAAUGAUCAAUCUGCAGCAAGUUUCAUAUCUUGUGUUCGAUGAAGCUGAUCGUAUGUUGGACAUGGGAUUUGAACCUCAAAUCCGCAAGAUCCUGGAUAGAAUUCCUGGGAAACGGCAGACCCUCUUCUAUACUGCUACAUGGCCGAAGGAAGUCAGAAGACUUGCAAGCGACUUUUUGGACAAACCGUGUAUCGUUUAUAUUGGAGACACAGACACACUUGUUGCGAACAAAGAUGUAACCCAAGUCAUUAAGGUCAUUGAUGACAGAUUCGGUGAAAAGGAUAUGAUACUGCAGGACAUUAUUCGAGGAGAGGGUGUUGGAUCAAGAAUCAUAAUCUUUUGCUCUACAAAACGUAUGUGCGACCAAUUAGAGAGGAAUCUCAGUCGUAUGGUACCCUGCGCUGCAAUUCAUGGUGAUAAAGACCAAGGACAGAGAACUAGAAUUCUCAAUGAUUUCAAGGCAGGACAAUGCUGCGUAAUGAUCGCUACUGAUGUUGCGGCAAGAGGCCUCGAUAUCAAGGAGGUCAAAGCAGUCAUCAACUACGAAUUCCCAAGCAACACAGAAGACUAUAUUCAUAGGAUUGGAAGGACAGGUCGUGCUGGAGCAAAAGGGACUGCUUACACUUUCUUCACAAAGAAGGAUGCUUCCAAAGCUUCUUCGUUGAUCAAGAUUCUCGAGGGGGCAGGCCAGGAGGUUCCACCUCAACUUCGA